AUGUCGCACACGGUGUCGCCCCAGCCUCCUUCCUGCUGUGUACCGAAGUUCCGCAGUUCUAUUAACGGUGAGUGCAGGUGUUCGGCAGGCAGGAGUGAAGGACACGGUCUACUCAAAUAAUACUUUAAUUGACCCACAUUUAAAAGUGUCACACAAGCAUAAAGAUGUCAUGCUAGAGGGAAUGCCCACAUGCAGGAACGCCCUGAAUUGCGGGCUGCAGUUGGACACUUUUGAGACCAUUCACAGUUGAGCUCGCACAGUUUAGCUCAACGCUGAUUGGCUAUUAUUAUAUUUUUAAAUGAUCACGGGAGGCUAAACGCUCGCUGGCUUCAUUAAAUGCUACUGGCGGCAACAAUAUCAUACUCUUUUUCACCAGACAGCAUCAGAUAGAUGGGCUACACAUACAGUGAGGGAAAACAUAUUUGAUCCCCUUCUGAUUUUGUACGUUUGCCCACUGACAAAUAAAUGAUCAGUCUAUAAUUUUAAUGGUAGGUUUAUUUGAACAGUGAGAGACAGAAUAACAACAACAAAAUCCAGAAAAACACAUGUCAAAAAUGUUAUAAAUUUAUUUGGAUUUUAAUGAGGGAAAUAGGUAUUUGACCCCCUCUCAAUCAGAAAGAUUUCUAGCUCCCAGGUGUCUUUUAUAUAAGGGAGUGCUCCUAAUCUCAGUUUGUUACCUGUAUAAAAGACACCUGUCCACAGAAGCAAUCAAUCAAUCAGAUUCCAAACUCUCCACCAUGGCCAAGACCAAAGAGCUCUCCAAGGAUGUCAGGGACAGGAUUGUAGACCUACACAAGGCUGGAAUGGGCUACAAGACCAUCGCCAAGCAGCUUGGUGAGAAGGUGACAACAGUUGGUGCGAUUAUUCGCAAAUGGAAGAAACACAAAAUAACUGUCAAUCUCCCUCGGCCUGGGGCUCCAUUCAAGAUCUCACCUCGUGGAGUUGCAAUGAUCAUGAGAACGGUGAGGAAUCAGCCCAGAACUACACGGGAGGAUCUUGUCAAUGAUCUCAAGGCAGCUGGGACCAUAGUCACCAAGAAAACAAUUGGUAACACACUACGCCGUGAAGGACUGAAAUCCUGCAGCGCCCGCAAGGUCCCCCUGCUCAAGAAAGCACAUAUACAAGCCGGUCUGGAGUUUGCCAAUGAACAUCUGAAUGAUUCAGAUGAGAACUGGGUGAAAUUGUUGUGGUCAGAUGAGACCAAAAUGGAGCUCUAUGGCAUCAACUCAACUCGCCGUGUUUGGAGGAGGAGGAAUGCUGCCUAUGACCCCAAGAACACCAUCCCCACCAUCAAACAUGGAGGUGGAAACAUUAUGCUUUGGGGGUGUUUUUCUGCUAAGGGGACAGGACAACUUCACCGCAUCAAAGGGACGAUGGACGGGGCCAUGUACCGUCAAAUCUUGGGUGAGAACCUCCUUCCCUCAGCCAGGGCAUUGAAAAUGGGUCGUGGAUGGGUAUUCCAGCAUGACAAUGACCCAAAACACACGGCCAAGGCAACAAAGGAGUGGCUCAAGAAGAAGCACAUUACGGUCCUGGAGUGGCCUAGGCAGUCUCCAGACCUUAAUCCCAUAGAAAAUCUGUGGAGGGAGCUGAAGGUUCGAGUUGCCAAACGUCAGCCUCGAAACCUUAAUGACUUGGAGAAGAUCUGCAAAGAGUGGGACAAAACCCCUCCUGAGAUGUGUGCAAACCUGGUGGCCAACUACAAGAAACGUCUGACCUCUGUGCUUGCCACCAAGUACUAAGUCAUGUUUUGCAGAGGGGUCAAAUACUUAUUUCCCUCAUUAAAAUGCAAAUCAAUUUAUAACAUUUUUGACAUGCGUUUUUCUGGAUUUUUUUGUUGUUAUUCUGUCUCUCACUGUUCAAAUAAACCUACCAUUAAAAUUAUAGACUGAUCAUGUCUUUGUCAGUGGGCAAAUGUACAAAAUCAGCAGGGGAUCAAAUACUUUUUCCCUCACUGUUUCGCUCAAUCAGAUGCUUUCUGAGAUAAAUUCAGCCUCUUGCAAAUUGAAGGAAUAUUAUGAAACACAGAGAGGAAAGAUAUAUCAUUUUUAUUUUUUAAAAAUGAUUGCUUCAUUUUUGGGGAAGACUGGCUUCCUUUGGCAUCCAUGAAUACAUGCCACUGGAUCUACUUUAACCAAAUCUUUGCAAACAUUACUUUUCUGGCCCUCCUUCAUUAUUUUCAACUCUACAUUUAGCAUCUUUUCUAUUAUUGAAUUAAACUCCAACAUUGUUCUUUUUCCCGCCGUGGAUUGAUGUUAACUUUUUCUGCCUGUCCCCAAAAGCAUUUGGCAAUUGGCGUGUAGGCUAUUUGGCGCGCAUACAGUUAGGCCCUAAAGUUUAGGUUUACGCACAAAUGCCAGAUAGCCUAAAAUAAUGAAAGAAACCCUAAAUGUAGCCAAUAGAUAUAAUUUGCACAAUAAUUAUACAGUCUCUGUCUGUGGAUCCUUUCCCAUUUAAUGUAUUUUUCAUUUCAGCCAGGCCCACUUUUCAAAGAAACACCAUUUAUUUCAAUCUGUAGUUGAGUAAAAUAAGUAGUUUUGUUUAGAUCACAAGAAAACCCUAACAAAUCAGCUAAAAAUCUGAAUGUUCAACCAUAAAGUGGGGACAGUUAGUUUCCCUGGCUGUUAUAUGGCUGCUAAUUAGAAAUAUUAUAACAGUAAAUUAAUAGAUGACAUUCACUGCUAUAAACCUGUCUCCAAUAUAAUCGCAUAGCUUACACAGACCACCGCGGACCUUUUGACAAAUACAUAUCCGUGUGAAAAGGCGUCCCAUGGUCUGUUUUGUCAACGACCUCAAUGUAUUCCAAACACUGGUGGUAUCCAGAUGAUCCCGAUAAUUUAGGUAGUAAAUGAUGCCCUCCUCUGAUAUGUGCUAUUGCGAACUGUCUGGGACUCUUUGUUGUUUACUACUCAAAUAUAUUUUACUAAUUAAGUCAAAGACGAAAUUAACUGCAAUACACUGAGGUCAAAUAUAUUAGCAUAACUAAGCUACACAGAACCCCGGCAGACCCAUAGUAAAAUGAGAGGCUAUUCUCCAUGUAAAACGUGUCCCAGUCAUUGAGGUACACUAAGGUCCCAGUGCAACAACAUUCCUAGCACUGCCCAUUGGGUCGUGGCUUACGGAGCGCUCUCUGAAAUACGCGCUCGUAUCAUCAUAUUUCAACCGAUCGAGUUACGGUAUCUCAUCACAUCAGCUCUCUCUCUCUCGAACCAUCCAUUCGAGCCCGAACCUGGGGACGAGGAGUAGAAAAUUGAUGCGUCUGAGUGGACCAGCCAUGAUGGGCAUAGACAUUAUAUUUAUUGGACUAUCAUACCUAUAUAGUUAGAUAAUGUAUUUGAUAGGUCUAAAUACAAGGAGAAAAUUGUUAUCACUUAAAAUCUUGUUAAUAAUUUUCAUCAUGUUCCUGCACAACCAUAUAGUCACAUUUUUUAUAGUAUUUUUCUCUAAAAACAAGGCAAUAUUUCUACAUUUUUGUCAUUUAGCAGACGCUCUUAUCCAGAGCACUUACAGUUAGUGAGUGCAUACAUUUUUCAUACUGGCCCCCCGUGGGAAACGAACCCACAACCCUUGCAUUGCAAGCGCCAUGCUCUACCAACUGAGCUACAGGAGGGCUAGCAACCAAAUAAAAUGUAUAAUUCUUUAUGAAUAAGUAUAGCUUCUUAGGCUCUAGACAAAUGUUCAUGCUUUGAUAUCAUGAAAUGAUCAAUGAUGGAAUAAUUAUUUGCAAUACAUUGAUAUAUGUCAGGGAUGUAGCUCAGUUGGUAGAGCAUGGCAUUUGCAACGCCAGGGUUGUGGGUUCGAUUCCAGUAUGAAAAAUAAAAUAAAAAUGUAUGCACUCACUAACUGUAAGUCGCUCUGGAUAAGAGCGUCUGCUAAAUGACUAAAAUGUAAAAUGUAAAUGUAAUAUAUCCUACACACUAGAGGGCACUGCAGCCUUGGCUGAACCUGGAGCCAAAUGGCCGUUCCACAAAUGUAUCCAGAGAUAUUAGAGAAAGGAGGAGAUAAGAAUCCCAUUGGUCAAAGAAUGGAGGAACGUAGAACGCCCCACCCAACAGACUGUCCACCAAUCGGAUUCACGUUGUCAUGCUACGCCAUUGCUAAGCUAAUCGUCAUGCAAUUCCUACUCAAAUUCAGGGGGUGUGUUCGUAAAUUCACUCUGGAGUGCCAAAGUGCGCAAAUUCAGAGCAUUGUCAGAUUGUCCGUUUGUAAAUCAGAGCAUUUCACUCUCGGAACGCACCCCUUGGGGGAAUUAGAAAACAUUUUCGACUUGCUUAUUCGUUGAACGCGGCACGAGUAUAACUACAACCAGUUCCGAGUUAUAUAUUUUCCUAGUUCCGACUAGCAUGUGAACGCGGCAUAAAUCGAGAAACCUGCCUAUUUUCCUCGAAAGUACGUAAUGUCACGAUUCCAAAGCUACACGAUAUUACAGAGAACAAGUUAAUUAUCUGACAUCUCGGAAAAUAUUUGUAAUGUUAUACUUCUUGUUCACGAAAUUCAUGCUAAUGUUGUGUUUUUGAGCUAGCGCCAAAUUGACUCCCAUUCACUCAUUGAAGGAGAGCUCUCCUUGUAGCAAAAUAACCCAUAAGGCACCGCGCGGCCCAUUGACGACGCAUAGGCAACGUACACAAUCGGCAAUAAUACGAUUCCAAUGGAGUUUUCCAUCUCCUCAAAACUACCUCUGGUUUAUCCAGAUGUUUGGUUCCGGGCGCGCCUUCUAUCGAAAUCCGGUUUCCAGCGGUUCGGAAUAAGGACGGGGGGAGGAGGAGAAGGAGGGGUGGGGGGGGGUUGGGUUCUACAAGAAAGCCCCCAAACCCGACCUACAACAGGCUUUUCAAGGGAUUUAUUAAGUGGUCUUCACUCCGCUUGCAUAUGCCACGGUCCCCAGCGUGGGUGCACCACACCGCGCUCAACGGUGGCGCGAUUCUGACUGAGUUAGCAUGCUAGCUAGCUAGCAAAAUUGAUUUCUACUCCACCCCCUCUCCAAAUGGCAGUAGCUACUAGUCAAUACCCCGUAGCUAGGGGUGAGCUGUAAAACCCAACUUCUCUAUUGGACUUUCCCGUUCAAUUCCUCCCCAUCAUCUCCAUCCACCCCGCAGGAAGAUUGUUGCCUUGGGAGGGCCAUACCAAGAAGAGUGUAUUCUGGUAGGAUCCCUGCUUCGGAUUCGGGAUUUAAGGCCCACAAGGGGGUUGGGGGUUUAAACCGCAAUAAUUUGAUCCCUAAACCCCCCAUGCCUGGCAUCUCGGCCAGUGUUUUGGUCAUUUUUAAUAAAAUGUUUAGCCUUUUAUUUUAUGUAAAUAGUGCCAGUUCCUGAUUUUGCCUUUCUACCUCAACACUCCAUUUUCAUCAUCUUCCCAGCCGUCUUAACACUAGCUGUAUCUGACGGCCCCUAGCCUCCCCUUAUCCAUCAUCAACCUCCGUGCGCAGCGCACUGUGGUAAUCUCGGGGGAAAUCGCGGGGGAAAAUAUCAGAUACCAGGAACCCCCUUACUCGGACAGCGCGAGACCCCAGGCUCCGACACGAGGACGGUGAUCUGUGUUCCCAUUCCAAGCAGCAAACGAGCUCUGUGUCAAUCGAGUCCUCAACACAGACCGCGCUCCGGUGCUCGCCAUGCCCGGCCCGGCGGCCGGCAGUAAAUCUCGGGUGUACGCGGAUGUCAACACUUUGAAGAGCAGGGAAUAUUGGGACUACGAAACCCACGUGCCUAGCUGGAGGUAACAUGUUGUAAUCUUUUGCAGGGCUGGAAUUUCUAAACAUCAUAAUGCUUUAUUUAGUAUUUUAUUGCCAAAUACUUUAUCAAAUGAAUGAUCUCCAUAUCUGUUUUCUAUUUUAGUUUUAGUUUGAUGUCCUUCAUAGUUUAUUGCUGCAGCCUAUCCAUAUUUGCUCUCCACUCAACACGAUGUACAGGCAGCUACCACAACAGAAUCUUUGACUACUACCAUGGAUUAUCAGUAUGGUCGAAUGAGUGGCCAUAUAUUGUCCCAUUGCAUUGGUUCUGUGUGGGCGGGUGAAAUAUUAGACUAGAUAGCUAGCUAUCAUAAUUAAUCCAUAAUACAAACGUCUUUUGAAGACUAUAUUUGGAAAGUAAUGUAUUUUGGAGAUUUAGCUUGGUAGACAAGGUUUUGUUGGGAACGUUCAUGGUUUGAGUAAGUGAGUCUGCGCGUAGCACAUUCAGAUUGGCGUGUACUAUCGACCGGGAUGGGAAAAUCAUCAAUCUGAGAUCGAGCAGGCCUAGCUGGCAGCUGACGCCGAGGCAGCACCGAAUGAUGCUUGUAAAUUGUACAACAGUAGCUACUUAGUUUCCCACAUCAUAAACUUUACUUAGCCAGAUCACAUUAUCAUUCCUUUAAGUGGCAUAUAUAUAUUUUUCUUUCAGAUCUAGCUAAUUUGGUUACAUUUACACAAGCUGUUAAUGAGACACAACCUUUUAAUUAAUUAAAUGUCUGUACAGUUGCAGCACUUUAUUGAAGAUUCACUAGACCUUUAAUUGAAUCUGUUAAAAUUAGACCACUAGUUUAAUAUAUCGAGUUCCAUGCACAAAACAGGGUUGUACCAGCACCACUGCUCUUAUUCAUUAGUAUAAUCAAGGGCCCUCAAAAAGAUGGACACUUGGAAUGUCCCCUCUCUGUGGUUGAAAUGUCACUCUCGCUUUCACUGACUGGGAAAAUAAUUAUUGUUUAAAAAAGUUUCAACCUCUUUCCAUCUAGGCCUGUUAUAUAUAUUGAGUGUGGUGAUGGGAAGGAAAGAUGUGGAAUAAAAUGUUGUACUAAUCUGUUUUCUCUUUUAAAACGAUGUUGUACUAAUAUAGUUUUUACUAUCUUCCCUCUAGUAUCCAGGAAGACUACCAGUUGGUGCGGAAGCUUGGCAGAGGGAAGUACAGUGAGGUCUUUGAGGCCAUCAACAUCAACAACAAUGAGAAGGUGGUGGUCAAGAUCCUCAAGGUAAGUUGCCCAAGGCCUGCUUUGUUCUUCUGUAUGCUCCAGCAGCGAUGAAAGAGUGGUCUGUUUUCUUUAAACAUAUACAGUGGGUUCCAUAAUUAUUGGCACCCUUGAUAAAGAUGAACAAAAAAUACUGUAUAAAAUAAAUAACACAAAUAUUGAGCUAUAUUGAAUGCUCAAAAAAUUAGGAAAUUAUAUUAUUUUAUACUAAUACAAUUGCUCAGAGAUAUAGAUUUAGUUUAACAAGUAAUAAACAAACAUCUAAAAAAGAUAGGGGUCAAAAUUAUUGGCAAUCUCAUAAAACAUUUUAGAAAAAGGCUAUGUCGUUAUCUUCACAAGAAGAGAGUGCUACGGUAUUGAAAACAGGUGACAAUACAUUUGAGCCUUAUCUUUUUAGGAUUUUUUUUAUUACUUGUUAAAAUGUCUUUCUCUGUAUUAGUAUAAAAUAAUAUAAUUUCCCCUUUUUUUUUGCGUACAAUAUAGCUUCCCUCUAGUAACCAGGAAGAAAGACUUCCACUUUGUGCGGAAGCUUGGCAGAGGGAAGUACAGUGCGGUGCAAAAAAAACGGAAUACAGUUGCUCAGAAAAAUACAUUUUGUUUAACAAGUAAUACAGAAAAAUUAUUUCCACCCCUGUUUUCAAUACUCUCCUUUUGCGAGGAUAAUGACCCUGUGCCUUUUUCUAAAAUGUUUUAUGAGAUUACCCUUUUUUAGAUGUUUUUUUUAUUACUUGUUAAACAAAAUCUAUUUAUCUGAGAAAUGGUAUUAGUAUAAAGUAAUAUAAUUUCCCAUUUUUUUUGAGCAUACAAUAUAGCUCAGUAUUUGUGUUUAUUUAUUUUAUAGUCUUUUUUGCUCAUCUUUAUCAAGGGUGCCAAUAAUUAUGGACCCCACUGUACCACAUCACAUUGUCCAAGUAAUAAUCAGCCAGGAAAACAUAGAGGGAGAUAUGGUGGACAUGGGAGGAAAAGUAGAGGGAGGUAAAGUGGACAUCUUGCUGAUGCUGUCACCAUUACCACUGUUGUUAAUGAGGUCACAUCCUGCAAGUCAAACAUUUAGGCUACAUCCUGGUCUGAUUGGAUGUCUCUGUUAUUAUAACCCUAAUUAGCCUGUCAAGAAGAAGAAAAUCAAGCGUGAAAUCAAGAUCCUGGAGAAUUUGCGAGGUGGAACCAACAUCAUCCGAUUGGUGGACACAGUGAAAGACCCUGUGGUAUGUCUUACAGCUCUGCUUUCUUCUAGCUUUGGGUUAGCUUUGGGCUUAGUCACCUGAGUACCUGGCCACUUCAAAGAUCAGAUUUGUUUACAUUGUAAAUCAAUUUGAUCAAUGUUUCUAUACAUACAGUGCAUUCGGAAAGUAUUUCCGACCCCUUGACUUUUUCCACAUUGUUAUGUUACAACCUUAUUCUAAAAUUUAUUAAAUUGUUUUUUCCCUUAUCUAUCUACACACAAUACCCCAUAAUGACAAAGCAAAACAGGUUUCUAGACAUUUUUAUACAUUUAUAAAAAACAACAACUGAAAUAUCACAUUUACAGAAGUAUUCAGACCAUUUACUCAGUACUUUGUUGAAGCACCUUUGGCAGCGAUUACAGCCUCAGGUCUUCUUGGGUAUGACGCUACAAGCUUGGCACACCAGUAUUUGGGGAGUUUCUCUUAUUCCUCUCUGAAGAUCCUCUCAAGCUCUGUCAGGUUGGAUGGGGAGCGUUGCUGCACAGCUAUUUUCAGGUCUCUCAAGAGAUAUUAGAUCGGGUUCAAGUCCGGGCUCUGUCUGUGCUACUCAAGGACAUUCAGAGACUUGUCCCGAAGCUACUCCUACGUUGUCUUGGCUGUGUACUUAGGGUCGUUGUCCUGUUGGAAGGUGAACCUUCGCCCCAGUCUGAGGUCCUGAGUACUCUGGAGCAGGUUUUCAUCAAGGAUCUCUCUGUACUUUGCUCCGUUCAUCUUUCCCUCAAUCCUGACUAAUCUCCCAGUCCCUGCCGCUGAAAAACAUCCCCACAGCAUGAUGCUGCCACCACCAUGCUUCACUGUAGGGACGGUGCCAGGUUUACUCCAGACGUGACAUUUGGCAUUCAGGCCAAAGAGUUAAAUCUUGGUUUCAUCAGACCAGAGAAUCUUGUUUCUCAUGGUCUGAGAGUCCUUUAGGUACCUUUUGGCAAACUCCAAGCGGGCUGUCAUGUGCCUUUUACUGAGGAGUGGCUUCCGUCUGGCCACUCUACCAUAAAGGCCUGAUUGAUGGAGUGCUGCAGAGAUGGUUGUCCUUCUGGAAGGUUCUCCCAUCUCCACAGAGGAACUCUAGAGCUCUGUCAGAGUUACCAUCAGGUUCUUGGUCACCUCCCUGACCAAGGCCCUUCUCCCCCGAUUUCUCAGUUUGGCCGGGCAGCCAGCUCUAGGAAGAGUCUUGGUGGUUCCAAACUUCUUCCAUUUGAAGAAUGAUGUAGGCCACUGUGUUCUUGGGGACCUUCAAUGCUGCAGACAUUUUUUGGUACCCUUCCCCAGAUCUGUGCCUCGACACAAUCCUGUCUCGGAGCUCUACGGACAAUUCCUUCGACCUCAUGGCUUGGUAUUUGCUCUGACAUGCACUGACAACUGUGGGACCUUAUAUAGACAGGUGUGUGCCUUUCCAAAUCAUGUCCAAUCAAUUGAAUUUACCACAGGUGGACUCCAAUCAAGUUGUAGAAACAUCUCAAGGAUGAUCAAUGGAAACAGGAUGCACCUGAGUUCAAUUUGGAGUCUCAUAGCAAAGGGUAUGAAUACUUAUGUAAAUAAGGUAUUUCUGUUUUUUACUUGUAAUAAAUUGGCAAAACAUUCGAAAAACCUAUUUUCGCUUUGUCGUUAUGGGGUAUUGUGUGUAGAUUGCUGAGGUCAAGGGGUCUGAAUACUUUCCGAAAGCACUGUUAAUGGCUGUUGAAUUGAAGGUUUGUUGUUGUCAGUAUACCUUUUUAUGCUUGCAAAGAGAACAAAUGUUAUCUUAACAAAAUGAAGAUAUGGCUAAUGAAGGGGAAAGACCACACCUUAUCAACAGUAUUACAGUUUACUUCCUUUCUAAUAUCAGCAUAUUAUACUUUACUUAUUGUGAAUGCGUUUGAUAUUCUGUUAGUGAUGUUCACUUUAGAUUGUUUCAAAGUUCUGCAAACUAGUCGUCUUACUCACAGAUUAAGUCUUAAACUAAUUAACUGAUAGAUGAUCUAAAAGCAGGUAGAUAAUCUGGUUCUUGCAUGGCAGCCUUAAUAUUAACUGUACGUGGGGAAACGGGACUCAGUCUUUUUUACAUUUUGUCAGGGUUAUUUUGAGAAUAAUGUUUAUGGAUGCAAGGAAGAUACCCAACAGAUAAAAUUACCUCCUCAAAUAAUUGCUUACAUGCAAUUCUACAUCACAUGUUCACUAUGCUGCUGCCUACAUAACAGAAAUGGGAAUUAUGAUAAUGGAAAUUACUAAGGCUGAUAUUGACAUGGCUUAUCGUUAAUUACAAAAUUAUUGCAAUUGCAACUGGGACAAAAUUGGGAUGUGAUUGCUAUUAUAUUAUUUCAUGUUUUAUCUAUGUUGAUGUGCAUCUGCUGUGUGGUGGGUGUUAAGCCACUUGUUGCUCUACCUUUCCCUCGCAGUAAAUAUGGCUCAUAGCGUAAUGUCAUUUUUAAUGUUUGAUUCAUCAAUUAAUGAGUCUUGAAUAUUUGUCCUCUCUCCCUAAUCUCUCUGCAGUCCCGAACGCCUGCGCUUGUCUUUGAAUGCAUCAAUAACACAGAUUUUAAGGUAGAAUCAUCUCUCUCUAGGCAUGGGGUUUCAAUGAUAUGGUAUGGUGUAAUGAGUGGGAAUCUUGGUCAUGUUACCCAAUAAGGCUUAUUUAAUAGCCUAUGCCGUUUCAGAUACCAUGUUGGUGGCCAUAACAUAGCAUUGCAUUGUUCAGAGAAUUUUCUACCCAAUAUGUCUCUGUCUGUCUGUCUGUCUGUCUUUGGUUGGUUGAAAGUGCUUAGGUCAAUUGUGUUUGUUUCAUCACGGGUGCAUGCAUCACAUACUUGCUUUCUGCAAAUUGAAUCUAAAACUUUAUUUUCUUCUCUGCCCAGGAGCUCUACCAGAAGUUAACAGAUUUUGAUAUACGUUUUUACAUGUAUGAACUACUAAAGGUGAGCCUUAGUUUGACCCUGUGUGUUUUCACAUGCACUCCUAGUUCUACCUUCAUACCUUCCUAACUGUGGGGUUAGUUUGUGGUGUCUAGCCAAUAUUUCUCUGUCUCUGACAUGAUUUGGGUCUUUGUGCUCUCAGGCUCUGGACUACUGCCACAGUAUGGGGAUAAUGCACCGUGAUGUCAAGCCCCACAAUGUGAUGAUUGACCACCAGAUGAGGAAGGUAGGGGGAGCUCUUCACCUUUCUUAUGAGUUGUGUUGGUCCUUAGAAAGCUCUAGUAGUCGGAUGUUGUGAAUGAUGUGUCUUGUCCAAAAGUUAUUCUCCUCUUCUCAAGCUGUUUGAAAAGUCUACAAAGCUUACAUAAAUGUGUCAGAGAUUUGUCUAAAGUGACUUCAAUUAUUUCUCCACCAUUAUAAUGGGUGUUGAACUCUUUUAGUCUUUGUCAAAUACAAUAUUCUUAUUGUAUCAGAUGGCAUCAGGACACAUACAGGACUGCAAAAAUUACGAGGCUUGUUCAGUAGCAGUAGCAAUUUCCCUCGUGUGCCAAUUUGUGUGACACAUUUCCGAUGUGGUUUCUAUUGUAACAUGGUGUGUUUGUAUUUGUGCUGCAGCUACGUCUAAUAGACUGGGGCCUUGCAGAGUUCUACCAUCCUGCACAGGAAUACAACGUCAGAGUAGCAUCUCGCUACUUUAAGGGACCUGAGUUACUGGUAGAUUACCAGGUAAAUCCCCAGCACAUUCAAGCAAACACGCAUACACACAGACACAAUUGGUGAGUCUGUACAUUAGCUCAAGUUGUGUACCAAUUUCAUUGUUAUUGGUAGCUGUUUGUGUAUUGAUAUUUGGCAGUAACUGAUGUGAUUUCCUGUCAGAUGUAUGACUACAGUUUGGACAUGUGGAGUCUUGGCUGCAUGCUGGCCAGUAUGAUCUUUCAGAAAGAGCCCUUCUUCCAUGGCCAGGACAAUUAUGACCAGGUAUCCCACAAACUAACCACUCAACAGACGUUCCCUUUCUAUUGUCACCACCAAACUUUAGUCUCACUACAACCCAACUUAUUCCACCCAAUGUUAUUACUAACUUGUGGAAUCUCAACCUCUCUCAUAGUAUGAUAACACUGACUCAGUGUUUCCCCUAUAUUUAUUUAGCAACGGCGGGCCGCUACUGUUAAAUCGUUGCCGCCACUCCAAUUUGUUAUUUUAUUUUGUAUUUUUAGAAAAUACUUUCCGGGAUGGUAAACCGUUUUCAGUAUAAACUUAAAACCAGAUAUAAAAACUAGACAUGCAUGGGGGCCCCAUUGAUUUUGUUAUGUGUGUCACUCAGAUAGCACAAGAACACUGCAUAAAAUGUGUAAAAUUGCAGGAAAUUAGCUUUUAAACUGCAUUUUCUCUCUCUCAACCCUAUGACAAAAUGUUUAGAAUUGCAGAAAACUAACUUUGACACCUCUGCUGAAAAGAAUCCUAGAGGAAAAACUGACUGCAACAAUCUAUUAGAGUAGAUAACACAUUCACUACCUGAUGAUAACAUUACAUUUUACAUUUUAGUCAUUUAGCAAACGCUUUUAUCCAGAGCGACUUACAGUUAGUGAGUGCAUACAUGUACUAACCAAAUUAGCUUGUACAUAAAAACAUAUUCCCUAAGACAAACAAACACUUGUGUGAAAUUGUCACUGUUCUAAUUUCAGCUGGUCCGAAUUGCCAAAGUCCUGGGGACAGAUGAACUUUUUGGUUAUCUGCGCAAAUACCACAUUGAACUGGACCCACGCUUCAAGGACCUUCUUGGCCAGUGAGUACCAAAAGGGAGUGCCGUUGAGACAUGGAAAUAAGGGUUACUCCUGGUAUUUACCUGGUAAUGAGGAAGCAUAUUUGAAUUAUUUGUAGGUUAUCAGUUAUUUUGACAUGCCCCACUACAAGCUUGAUUCUAUUAGUGAUAUGUUAUUUAAUAGCUGCCAGACAGUGGCCCACUAGUUCCAGAAUAUUAAACGUAAUUUCCCAGGCGAUGAUAAUGUUGUACAGUGCCUUCAGAAAGGAUUCAUACCCCUUGACUUAUUCUACAUUUUGUUGUGCUACAGCCUGAAUUCAAAAUUAAUACAAAUAUUUUUUUUGAAAUGUUUGCAAAUGUAAUGAAAAUGAAAUACAGAAAUGUCUCUCUUACAUACAGUUGAAGUCGGAAGUUUACAUACACUUAGGUUGGAGUUAUUAAAACCCGUUUUUCAACCACUCCACAAAUUUCUUGUUAACAAACUUUAGUUUUGGCAAGUCGGUUAGGACAUCUACUUUGUGCAUGACACAAGUAAUUUUUCCAACAAUUGUUUACAGACAGAUUAUUUCACUUAUAAUUCACUGUAUCACAAUUCCAGUGGGUCAGAAGUUUACAUACACUAAGUUGACUGUGCCUUUAAACAGCUUGGAAAAUUCCAGAAAUGUGAGUCAAUUGGAGGUGUACCUGUGGAUGUAUUUCAAGGCCUACCUUCAAACUCAGUGCCUCUCUGCUUGACAUCAUGGGAAAAUCAAAAGAAAUCAGCCAAGACCUCAGAAAAAACAUUGUAGACCUCCACAAGUCUGGUUCAUCCUUGGGAGCAAUUUCCAAACGCCUGAAGGUACCACAUUCAUCUGUACAAACAAUAGUAUGCAAGUAUAAACACCAUGGGACCAUGCAGCGGUCAUACCGCUCAGGAAGGAGACGCGUUCUGUCUCCUAGAGAUGAACGUACUUUGGUGCGAAAAGUGCUAAUCAAUCCCAGAACAACAGCAAAGUACCUUGUGAAGAUGCUGGAGGAAACAGGUACAAAAGUAUUUACAGUGGGGAAAAAAAGUAUUUAGUCAGCCACCAAUUGUGCAAGUUCUCCCACUUAAAAAGAUGAGAGAGGCCUGUAAUUUUCAUCAUAGGUACACGUCAACUAUGACAGACAAAUUGAGAAAAAAAAAUCCAGAAAAUCACAUUGUAGGAUUUUUAAUGAAUUUAUUUGCAAAUUAUGGUGGAAAAUAAGUAUUUGGUCACCUACAAACAAGCAAGAUUUCUGGCUCUCACAGACCUGUAACUUCUUCUUUAAGAGGCUCCUCUGUCCUCCACUCGUUACCUGUAUUAAUGGCACCUGUUUGAACUUGUUAUCAGUAUAAAAGACACCUGUCCACAACCUCAAACAGUCACACUCCAAACUCCACUAUGGCCAAGACCAAAGAGCUGUCAAAGGACACCAGAAACAAAAUUGUAGACCUGCACCAGGCUGGGAAGACUGAAUCUGCAAUAGGUAAGCAGCUUGGUUUGAAUAAAUCAACUGUGGGAGCAAUUAUUCGGAAAUGGAAGACAUACAAGACCACUGAUAAUCUUCCUCGAUCUGGGGCUCCACGCAAGAUCUCACCCCGUGGGGUCAAAAUGAUCACAAGAAUGGUGAGCAAAAAUCCCAGAACCACACGGGGGGACCUAGUGAAUGACCUGCAGAGAGCUGGGACCAAAGUAACAAAGCCUACCAUCAGUAACACACUACGCCGCCAGGGACUCAAAUCCUGCAGUGCCAGACGUGUCCCCCUGCUUAAGCCAGUACAUAUCCAGGCCCGUCUGAAGUUUGCUAGAGUGCAUUUGGAUGAUCCAGAAGAGGAUUGGGAGAAUGUCAUAUGGUCAGAUGAAACCAAAAUAUAACCUUUUGGUAAAAACUCAACUCGUCGUGUUUGGAGGACAAAGAAUGCUGAGUUGCAUCCAAAGAACACCAUACCUACUGUGAAGCAUGGGGGUGGAAACAUCAUGCUUUGGGGCUGUUUUUCUGCAAAGGGACCAGGACGACUGAUCCGUGUAAAGGAAAGAAUGAAUGGGGCCAUGUAUCGUGAGAUUUUGAGUGAAAACCUCCUUCCAUCAGCAAGGGCAUUGAAGAUGAAACGUGGCUGGGUCUUUCAGCAUGACAAUGAUCCCAAACACACCGCCCGGGCAACGAAGGAGUGGCUUCGUAAGAAGCAUUUCAAGGUCCUGGAGUGGCCUAGCCAGCCUCCAGAUCUCAACCCCAUAGAAAAUCUUUGGAGGGAGUUGAAAGUCCGUGUUGCCCAGCGACAGCCCCAAAACAUCACUGCUCUAGAGGAGAUCUGCAUGGAGGAAUGGGCCAAAAUACCAGCAACAUUGUGUGAAAACAUUGUGAAGACUUACAGAAAACGUUUGACCUGUGUCAUUGCCAACAAAGGGUAUAUAACAAAGUACUGAGAAACUUUUGUUAUUGACCAAAUAAAUUCAUAAAAAAUCCUACAAUGUGAUUUUCUGGAUUUUUUUUCCUCAUUUUGUCUGUCAUAGUUGACGUGUACCUAUGAUGAAAAUUAUAGGCCUCUCUCAUCUUUUUAAGUGGGAGAAUUUGCACAAUUGGUGGCUGACUAAAUACUUUUUUCCCCCACUGUAUAUCCACAGUAAAACUAGUCAUAUAUCGACAUAACCUGAAAGGCCGCUCAGCAAGGAAGAAACCACUGCUCCAAAACCGCCAUAAAAAAGCCAGACUGCAGUUUGCAACUGCACAUGGGGACAAUCGUACUUUUUGGAGAAAUGUCCUCUGGUCUGAUGAAACAAAAAUAGAACUGUUUGGCCAUAAUGACCAUCGUUAUGUUUGGAGGAAAAAGGGGGACGCUUGCAAGCCGAAGAACACCAUCCUAACCGUGAAGCACGGGGGUGGCAGCAUCAUGCUGUGGGGGUGCUUUGCUGCAGGAGGGACUGGUGCACUUCACAAAAUAGAUGGCAUCAUGAGGAAUGAAAAUGAUGUGGAUAUAUUGAAGCAACAUCUCAAGACAUCAGUCAGGAAGUUAAAGCUUGGUCGCAAAUGGGUCUUCCAAAUGGACAAUGACCCCAAGCAUACUUCCAAAGUUGUGGCAAAAUGGCUUAAGGACAACAAAGUCAAGGUAUUGGAUUGGCCAUCAUAAGGCCCUGACCUCAAUCCUAUAGAAAAUGUUUGGACAGAACUGAAAAAGCGUGUGCGAGCAAGGAGGCCUAUAAACCUGACUCAGUUACACCAGCUCUGUCAGGAGGAAUGGGCCAAAAUUCACCCAACUUAUUUUGGGAAGCUUGUGGAAGGCUACCCGAAACAUUUGACCCAAGUUAAACAAUUUAAAGGUAAUGCUACCAAAAACUAAUCUAGUUUAUGUAAACUUCUGACCCACUGGGAAUGUGAUGAAAAAAAUAAAAGCUUAAAUAAAUCCUUCUCUCUACUAUUAUCCUGACAUUUCACAUUCUUAAAAUAAAGUGGUGAUCCUAACUGGCCUAAGACAGGGAAUUCUUACUAGGAUUAAAUAUCAGGAAUUGUGAAAAACUGAGUUUAAAUGUAUUUGGCUAAGGUGUAUGUAAACUUCAGACUUAAACUGUAAGUAUUCACAUCCCUAAGUCAAUACUUUGUAGAAGCACCUUUGGUGGCGAUUACAGCUGUGAGUCUUUCUGGGUAAGUCUCUAAGAGCUUUGCACACCUGGAUUGUACAAUAUUUGCUCAUUCUUUUAAAAAUUCUUCAAGCUCUGUCAAAUUGGUUGUUGAUCAUUGCUAGACAGCCAUUUUCAAGUCUUGUGAUUGAUUUUCAAGCCAAUUUAAGGCAAAACUGUAACUAGAUCACUCAGGAACAUUCAAUGUCGUCUUGGUAAGUAAUUCCAGUGUAGAUUUGGCCUUGUGUGUUAGGUUAUUGUCCUGCUGAAAGGUGAAUUUGUCUCCCAGUGUGUGUUGGAAAGCAGACUGAACCAGGUUUUCCCUCUAGGAUUUUGCCUGUGCUUAAAAGCUGUAUUCCGUUUUUUUUAUCCUAAAAAAACUCCCUAGUCCUUGCUGAUGACAAGCAUACCCAUAACAUGAUGCAGCCACCACCAUGGUUGACAAUAUGAAGAGUGGUACUCUGUGUUGUGUUGGAUUUGCCCCAAACAUUACACUUUGUAUUCAGGACAAAAAGUUAAUUUCUUUGCCACAUUUUUUGCAGUAGUAAUUAAGUGCCUUUUUGCAAACAGGAUGCGUGUUUUGGAAUAUUUGUAUUAUGUACAGGCUUCCUUCUUUUCACUCUGUUAUUUAGGUUAUUAUUAUGGAGUAACUACAACGUUGUUGAUCCAUCCUCAGUUUUCUUAUAUCACAACCAUUAAACUCUGUAACUGUUUUAAAGUCACCAUUGGCCUCGUGGUGAAAUCCCUGAGCAGUUUUCUUCCUCUCCGGCAACUGAGUUAGGAAGGAUGCCUGUGUCUUUGUAGUGACUGGGUGUAUUGAUACACCAUACAAAGCCUAAUUAAUAACUUCACCAUGCUCAAAGGGAUAUUCAACGUUUUUUGUUUUUUUUACACUUCUACAAAUCGGUGCCCUUCUUUGCGAGGUAUUGAAAAACCUUCCUGGUCUUUUGUGCUUGAAUCUGUGCUUGAAAUUCACUACUCGAUUGAAGGACCUUACAGAUAAUUGUAUGUGUGGGGUAUAGAGAUGGAGUAGUCAUUCAAAAAUCAUGUUAACCACUAUUAUUGAACACGGAAUGAGUCCAUGCAACUUAUUAUGCUAUUUGUUAAGCACUUUUCUACUCCUGGACUUAUUUAGGCUUGCCAUAACAAAGCGUUUGAAUACUUAUUGACUCAAUACAUUUCAGCUUUUCAUUUUGUAUUAAUUUCUAAAAUGUUGUACUAACAAAAUUCCACUUUGACAUUAUGGGGUAUUGUAUGUAGAUCAGUAACACAACAUUUCAAUUCAAUCAGUUUUCAAUUCAGGCUGUAACACAACAAAAUGUGGAAAAUGUAAAGUGGUGUGACUACUUUCUAAAGGCUGGAGGUAUUAAAGUUGGCUCUCUGUCUCCCCCACUCAGACAGACGCGGAAACGCUGGGAGCAAUUUAUCCAGACCGAGAACCAGCACCUGGUGAGCCCUGAGGCUCUUGACUUGCUGGAUAAGCUGCUGCGCUAUGACCAUCAGCAGAGACUGACGGCCACAGAGGCCAUGGAGCACCCCUACUUCUGUGAGUAGCUCAACCUGAACAACACCUGCUGACUUCCUCUGCUGCAUAGUGGAGUGCCAGUUAUUGUGCAUUGAUGAAAGGUGAUGUGAUCUUUAACAUGUUGACUCCUCUACACAGAUCCUGUGCUGAAGGAACAGUCUCUCUCUAAUGCGGAUGGCAAUAUGGUGUCCAGUGGAUCCACUACAGCUCGAUGA